GUAAUUGUUGUCGAGAUUAUAUGAACGGGCGUCAUCAUCAACGGGCCACGCUUUGACGCAACCCCGCACAUCAGGAACUAGUUACAUUAGGAGCUAGUGAUGCACACGCUGAUCAGAUGCAACGGCGCGCCGAGUCCGUUCGUGUUGCUGUUCUUUCUCUGUGGAUACGCUCUACGAUUGGUCCUUAGCGUAUGGCACUGGUGUCUCCCUAACGGCCAGAAAUUCAGCUUUCUAUGCCCGAACGGAACCGUCUUCAACCAGUUCGCACGGGUAUGCGACUGGUGGUUCAACGUAGACUGCGCGGCCACUCCGAACCUCUACAAUAUCAACGAAGAUCUUAGUUCAGCAAGUGAAUACGGCGUAGGCCGAUCUACAAUUUAUGACAUUAAAAGAAACCACGAGAAGAUCAAGAAGUUCGUGUCAAGUACUGACUGCGGGCCAGGCAAGAGACAGACACUCAAGAAAGCUGAACAUCCAGAAGUGGAAGAAGGUUUGUACAUGUGGUUUCUUCAGGAAAGAAAUAGGCAUGCACCAAUUUCAGGACCCAUGUUGGCCAUGAAAGCUAAGUUUUUUUAUAAGAAAAUAACUAAAGAAGAUGAUUUUGUGGCCAGCAAAGGAUGGCUAUAA